AUGGCCCGGGGCUCCGCGCGGCCGCCGCUGUGCGCCCCUGCCGUCUGGGCGGCCGCGGCACUCCUGCUCUCCGCACCCUGGACCUCAGGUGAAGUGGAGGACCCAGAUCCACGUGACCCUUUGGGACAUCUCGAUGAACCAGAUGGCCCUGUUCCCACUCUGAAAGGUUACUUUCUGACUUUUCUGGAGCCUGUCAACAAUAUCACCAUUGUCCAAGGCCAGACAGCAAUUCUCCACUGCAGGGUGGCAGGAAACCCACCCCCCAACGUGCGGUGGCUAAAAAACGAUGCCCCAGUUGUGCAGGAGCCGAGGCGGAUAAUCAUCCGGAAAACAGAAUAUGGCUCCCGACUGAGAAUCCAGGACCUGGACACCACAGACACCGGCUACUACCAGUGUGUGGCCACCAAUGGGGUGAAGACUAUUACUGCCACGGGAGUCCUAUACGUGCGGCUUGGUCCAACACAUAGCCCAAACCAUAACUUUCAGGAUGACUACCAGGAGGACGGAUUCUGCCAGCCCUACCGCGGGAUCGCCUGUGCCCGCUUUAUUGGGAACCGGACCAUUUACGUGGACUCACUCCAGAUGCAGGGGGAGAUUGAGAACCGCAUCACAGCGGCUUUCACCAUGAUCGGCACCUCGACACACCUUUCUGACCAGUGCUCCCAGUUUGCAAUCCCGUCCUUCUGCCACUUCGUCUUCCCUCUGUGUGACGCACGUUCCCGAGCACCGAAACCUCGGGAGCUGUGCCGCGACGAGUGUGAGGUGCUGGAGAGUGACCUGUGCCGCCAGGAGUAUACCAUCGCGCGCUCCAACCCGCUCAUCCUCAUGCGUCUGCAGCUGCCCAAGUGUGAGGCUCUACCCAUGCCCGAGAGUCCUGAUGCAGCCAACUGCAUGCGCAUUGGCAUCCCAGCUGAAAGGCUGGGCCGCUAUCACCAGUGCUACAACGGCUCGGGCUCAGAUUACCGGGGCAUGGCCAGCACCACCAAAUCGGGCCACCAGUGCCAGCCGUGGGCCUUGCAGCAUCCCCACAGCCACCACCUCUCCAGCGCAGACUUCCCUGAGUUGGCAGGGGGCCAUGCCUACUGCCGGAACCCUGGAGGCCAGAUGGAAGGCCCAUGGUGCUUUACGCAGAAUAAAAACGUACGCAUGGAACUGUGUGACGUACCCCCAUGUAGUCCCCGAGACAGCAGCAAGAUGGGGAUUCUGUACAUCCUGGUCCCGAGCAUCGCAAUCCCGCUGGUGGUGGCCUGCCUCUUCCUCCUGGUGUGCGUGUGCCGCAACAAGCAGAAGGCCGCGGCCUCCGCUCCGCAGCGCCGGCAGCUGAUGGCCUCACCCAGCCAGGACAUGGAGAUGCCCCUCAUCAGCCAGCACAAACAGGCUAAACUCAAAGAGAUCAGCUUGUCCACAGUGAGGUUCAUGGAAGAACUGGGAGAGGACCGGUUUGGAAAAGUCUACAAAGGCCAUCUGUUUGGGCCAGCGCCAGGAGAGCAGACCCAGGCAGUGGCCAUCAAGACGCUGAAGGACAAGGCAGAGGGGCCUCUGCGGGAGGAGUUCCGGCAGGAGGCCAUGCUGCGGGCCCGGCUGCAGCACCCUAACAUUGUCUGCCUGCUGGGAGUUGUGACCAAGGACCAACCCCUCAGCAUGAUCUUCAGCUACUGCUCGCACGGUGACCUCCAUGAGUUCCUGGUGAUGCGCUCGCCGCACUCCGACGUGGGCAGCACCGACGACGAGCGCACGGUGAAGUCGGCCCUGGAAGCCCCUGACUUCGUGCACGUCGUGGCACAGAUCGCCGCAGGAAUGGAGUAUCUGUCCAGCCACCACGUGGUCCACAAAGACCUGGCCACACGCAACGUGCUGGUGUAUGACAAGCUGAACGUGAGAAUCUCAGACCUGGGCCUCUUCCGCGAGGUGUACUCUGCCGACUACUACAAGCUGAUGGGCAAUUCCAUGCUGCCCAUCCGCUGGAUGUCUCCCGAGGCAAUCAUGUAUGGCAAGUUCUCCAUCGACUCGGACAUCUGGUCCUACGGUGUGGUCCUGUGGGAAGUCUUCAGUUACGGCCUGCAGCCCUACUGUGGCUACUCCAACCAGGAUGUGGUGGAGAUGAUCCGCAGUCGGCAGGUGUUGCCCUGCCCAGAUGACUGCCCUGCCUGGGUCUACGCCCUCAUGAUUGAGUGCUGGAACGAGUUCCCCAGCCGGAGGCCCCGCUUCAAGGACAUCCACAGUCGCCUCCGGGCCUGGGGCAACUUGUCUAACUACAACAGCUCAGCACAGACCUCAGGAGCCAGCAACACCACACAGACCAGCUCCCUGAGCACCAGCCCUGUGAGCAACGUGAGCAAUGCCCGCUACAUGGCUCCCAAACAGAAGGCUCAGCCAUUCCCCCAGCCCCAGUUCAUUCCCAUGAAGGGCCAGAUCAGACCCCUGGUUCCCCCAGCCCCACUUUACAUCCCUGUCAAUGGCUACCAGCCAGUGCCAGCCUACGGGGCAUACCUGCCCAAUUUUUACCCUGUCCAGAUCCCCAUGCAGAUGGCCCCACAGCAGGUACCCCCUCAGAUGGUCCCCAAGCCUAGCUCACACCACAGCGGCAGUGGCUCCACCAGCACAGGCUAUGUUACCACAGCGCCCUCUAACACUUCUGUGACGGACAGGGCAGCCCUGCUCUCGGAGGGCACUGAGGAUGCACAGAACAUCCCAGAAGACAUGGCUCAGAGCCCCGUGCAGGAAGCAGAGGAGGAGGAGGAGGGCUCAGUCCCGGAGACUGAACUUCUGGGAGACAAUGACACCUUGCAGAUGGAUGAGGCCCACGUCCAGCUGGAAGCCUAAGGGGUCUCCUUGGCCUGGGGAUCCAGGAGAGAAGUCCCUGCUGUGACCCCAGAGGGGCUUCAGACACUUCAGAAGUAACAAACAGUAGCAAUCACAAGUGCCGAGGGACUGGUGAGCUGGUUUGCAGACCUGGUAACCACAGACACUGAGAAAACCUGCAUGUGUCUUGCAUAUUUUCUGCACUCAGAGAUGCCACUGAGGCCCCUAGUUUCGCUGGAGACCAUUGAAAGCAGUGGUCUAACUUGGGAAGGGCCUGACAGUAUGACCUCCUCAAAACCAGGACAAAGUGACCUCAGUGGUACCAGCAUUUAUCCCAGUGGUAGGUGGGGCAGUGAGUUGAGUAUGCUGUGCAAAAACAAACAAAAACAAGUGGUAUCUUCACUUUAUGUGAAUUGAAUACUUAGAAAUGUGGGGAAACAGGGCCACAAAAGGCAGCAAGGAGGCCCAUUGAGGUUGAGAUGCCAGGGAGGGGCCUGCAAGAUGGAGGGAGCCCCUUCUUUCCCAUUGCUUCUCUCAUCUCAUACAGGGCGCGGCCACCAAGGGGACAAAAGAAUGAAGGGCGCUUCUGAAACUGUUCCUUGUAUUAAAGCAAAAUAUGCCUUUACAGAAAUGACACAAUUCUGUAUUUUUUUGAAGUGAUUUUAAUUAUGUUGCAUGUGUAUUUUGCCCACUUUUCUGAAUUUAAGGGAAGUGUGCCCUGGACUUACAAUGUCCAAGAGGAAGCAAUAUUGUACAUAAAACAGUAUUGUUAAUGUCUUUUUAAAAUCAUGUACAGACUUUAGAUAUAAUUUAUAUGUUUUUUGUAUGCCAUUUUCAUGGAAGUAUUUUGAUCCUGAAUGAUGACUUAGUAAUUUAACUGUUUACAUUAUCCCGUUGGGAUGCCAUCGAAUUGUGGCUGUGAUUGGCUCAGUUGUGUUCAUGUGAGUAAGGUCCGUUCAUUUCAGAGCUCUUGUUCCAUGAAGGCCAAGGCAGGCUGCCUGCAUCCUGCACAUGUUGUCAGUUCCCUUUGUAAGUCCCACACCUGGUGUGCCCAAUAAAAUACAACAGAACGUU